UGCCUAGCAUCUGGAUAGUCAACAGAGGCACAAUGAAGCACUUCUUGAGAAUGUUGAUCCAGGUGUGCCUGUAUUUUUACUGUAAGUUUUUGUGGCGCUGCCUGAAGUUUGUAAUGAGGAAGCUAACUGGAAGAUGUGAACUGCAACGGAUCUGCUACAAUACCAAACCUGGAGCUUCUAGAACCAUGAAGAUUGAAACAUCACUGAGGGAUUCUAAAAGUAAGCUGUUGCAGACUUCAGUGAGUGUUCACCCUGAUGCCAUUGAAAAAACUAUAGACGACAUCAUGGAACUGAAAAAAAUUAAUCCCGACAUAAAUCCACAGUUGGGAAUCUCUCUUCAGGCUUGCCUUCUUCAAAUCGUUGGUUACAGAAACCUUAUCGCAGAUGUGGAAAAACUUCGCAGGGAACCUUAUGAUUCUGAUAAUCCCCAACAUGAAGAAAUGCUUUUGAAGUUAUGGAAAUUCCUGAAGCCUAAUACUCCACUGGAAUCUCGCAUUUCUAAGCAGUGGUGUGAAAUAGGUUUCCAAGGUGACGAUCCUAAGACAGAUUUUCGAGGAAUGGGACUUCUGGGACUAUACAAUUUGCAGUAUUUUGCAGAAAGGGAUUCUACAGCAGCUCAGCAGGUCCUCUCUGACUCUCUUCAUCCAAAAUGCAGCAAAUUCAGCAAAACAGAAUGGGAGAAGAAAAGGAUGGAUAAAGCAAUUGGGUACUCAUUUGCAAUUGUGGGCAUCAAUAUAACUGAUCUGGCAUAUAAUCUACUGGUCAGUGGAGCACUAAAAACCCACUUCUACAACAUCGCUCCAGAAGCUCCAACAUUGGCUCACUUCCAACAAACGUUCUGCUAUUUGAUGCAUGAAUUUCACAAGUUUUGGAUUGAAGAAGAUCCCAUGGACAUAAUGGAAUUUAAUCGUGUGAGGGAGAAAUUCCGCAAGAGGAUCAUAAAACAGCUGCAAAAUCCAGACAUGGCGCUAUGCCCGCAUUUUGCUGCCUCUGAAGGUUUAAUCAACAUGUAG